AUGGAGCGCUCGGAAAUUACACCGAGCGAACAGCAGAGGUCGGGGUCUUCAGACACGUCUUUCGAUGAAACAAGCUCGCCCUUACCAUCGUCUGCGAGCUCCUGCUCAGAUAUUACCUACGGCGCAGACUUGAAACCAUCGGAAGUGUUGAAGUCACAGGUCGUAUUCGUGCCCGAUCUGUUUUCCUCUAUCAUGGCAGUUGAGCCAGUGGUAAACCCAAACUACCACAAAGUAAAGCCAGAAGCAGAUGCUUGGAUUGCAGAAAUAAUCCAGGCCGAUGAAAAAUGGGCUUCCAGGAACACCAGGGUAGACCUGGCCUACCUAGCCUCCAUUUGGGCACCAACUUGUGAUCAAGAGGCACUCAGGAUGAUGAUUGACUGGAACCAUUGGGUCUUUCUUUUUGAUGAUCAGUUCGAUGAAGGUCAUCUCAGUCGAGAUCCAGAAGCAGCCCAAGAAGAGAUCAACCGAACUCUGGAAAUCAUGGAGGACACACAGCCCCCCGUGCAAUGGGAUGAUAACCCUAUUCGAUUUGUCUUCCAGACCACAUGGGAUCGUUUGAAGCAGGCUCUUGGGCGCGAUGUCCAAGAGUACAUGGAUAUGCGCAGAGGGACGAUCGGUGCAUACCCAGCUAUUGCCCUUACUGAGUACGCCAUUGGAAUCAAUCUUCCACCGGAGGUUAUGAGCAAUUCUUCUCUUGAGGAGUGUAUGUGCAUCUCAGCGGAUCUGGUUCUCCUAGUCAAUGAUAUUCUAUCAUACAAAAAAGAUCUGGCAUUGGGAGUUGAUCAUAAUUUGAUCUUUCUUCUCAGAGCUCAGGGUCUUUCGAUGCAAGAAGCAGUAGAUAGAAUAGGUGAGAUGUUGAACAACUGCUACCGCCGGUGGUACAGUGCAUUGCAGAAGAUGGAAAUAUGGGGAGAGCACAUCGACAAACAGGUACUCGCUUUCAUUGAUGCCUGUCGGAAUGUGGCCUUGGGUAACCUGCACUGGAGGUGA